CUCGGUGGCGCGGGGCGCAAGCGGCGCCGGGCUUCGCUCGCGGGCGCCUCCCUUCCCGCGGCCGCCGGGCGCGAGGCCGGGCGGGCGGCCAUCGGAGCCCACGGUCUGGGGGGUCCGCGCCGCGCGGGGGCGCAGCAUCCUGGCCCCGGAACGGGCGGAACGAGCGGCCGCGAGCCUGCGCCGGGAACCAGGUGCGUGAAGAUGGCUGAGAGGAUGUGACCUGUGCCCAUCCACUCGUCACCGGCGCCAUCAUGCAGAAGCCCAGUGGCCUGAAGCCCCCAGGCCGAGGGGGCAAACACUCCAGCCCCAUGGGCAGGACGUCCACUGGGUCAGUCUCAGGCUCAGCCACAGUGGCAACUACUGGCUCCAAGGAAGGCUCCCCGCUGCACAAGCAGGCGUCGGGCUCCCUGUCCUCCUUGACCACUGCAGCCACCACCGCCCCCGAGAAGCCAGGCCCGAAGGUGGCCGAGGUGGGCGAUGACUUCCUGGGCGACUUUGUGGUGGGCGAGCGCGUGUGGGUGAAUGGUGUGAAGCCAGGCGUGGUGCAGUACCUGGGCGAGACGCAGUUUGCGCCAGGCCAGUGGGCCGGGGUGGUGCUGGACGAGCCAGUGGGCAAGAACGACGGUGCGGUGGGCGGAGUGCGCUACUUCGAGUGCCCGGCGCUGCAGGGCAUCUUCACGCGGCCGUCCAAGCUCACCCGGCAGCUGGUGGCCGAGGGCUCAGGUAGCGAUGCCCACUCUGUUGAGUCCCUCACGGCCCAGAAUCUGUCGCUGCACUCGGGCACGGCCACCCCGCCACUGGCCAGCCGUGUCCUCCCACUGCGGGACAGCGUCCUCGGCAGUGCCGUCAAGACCGGCAAUGAGUCGGGCUCCAACCUCUCUGACAGCGGCUCUGUGAAGCGGGGUGACAAGGACCUGCGCCUGGGAGACCGAGUGCUGGUGGGCGGCACGAAGACUGGUGUGGUGCGGUACGUGGGGGAGACGGACUUUGCCAAGGGCGAGUGGUGCGGUGUGGAGCUGGACGAGCCCCUGGGGAAGAAUGAUGGGGCGGUGGCAGGCACUAGGUACUUCCAGUGCCCACCCAAGUUUGGCCUCUUUGCACCCAUCCACAAGGUGAUCCGAAUCGGCUUCCCAUCUACCAGCCCGGCCAAGGCCAAGAAGACUAAGCGCAUGGCCAUGGGCGUCUCUGCGCUCACUCACAGCCCUAGCAGCUCCUCUAUCAGCUCUGUCAGCUCCGUGGCCUCCUCAGUGGGUGGCCGGCCCAGCCGCAGCGGCCUGCUCACGGAGACCUCGUCACGCUACACCCGCAAGAUCUCGGGCACCACGGCCCUGCAGGAGGCACUGAAGGAGAAGCAGCAACACAUCGAGCAGCUGCUGGCAGAGCGGGACCUGGAGCGGGCCGAGGUGGCCAAGGCCACCAGCCACAUCUGUGAAGUGGAGAAGGAGAUUGCACUGCUCAAGGCGCAGCAUGAGCAGUAUGUUGCAGAGGCAGAGGAAAAGCUGCAGCGGGCGCGGCUGCUGGUGGACAGCGUGCGCAAGGAGAAAGUGGACCUGUCCAAUCAGCUGGAGGAGGAGCGGAGGAAGGUGGAGGACCUGCAGUUCCGGGUGGAGGAGGAGUCCAUCACCAAGGGAGACCUGGAGACCCAGACACAGCUGGAGCAUGCGCGCAUUGGGGAGCUGGAGCAGAGCCUGCUACUGGAGAAGGCGCAGGCGGAGCGGCUGCUCCGAGAAUUGGCGGACAACAGGCUGACCACGGUGGCCGAGAAGUCACGGGUGCUGCAGCUGGAAGAGGAGCUGAGCCUGCGGCGCGGUGAGAUUGAGCAGCUGCAGCAGUGCCUGCUGCAUGCUGGCCCCCCAACCGCCAAUGACCCCGAGGCUGCCGAGGCUCUGCGGCUGCGGGAGCAGCUGCUGUCGGCCUCCCAGGAGCAGCAGCGAGAAAGCAGUGCACUGCGAGAUAAGUAUGAGGCGGCACUGAAGGCCUACCAGGCCGAGGUGGACAAGCUGCGUGCCGCUAAUGACAAGUAUGCGCAAGAGGUGGCCGACCUCAAGGCCAAGGUGCAGCAGGCCACCAGUGAGAACAUGGGCCUCAUGGACAACUGGAAGUCCAAGCUGGACUCGCUGGCCUCUGACCACCAAAAGUCCCUGGAGGACCUGAAGGCCACGUUGAACUCUGGUCCCGGUGCCCAGCAGAAGGAGAUUGGGGAGCUCAAGGCCGUCCUGGAGGGCAUCAAGAUGGAGCACCAGCUGGAGCUGGGCAACCUGCAGGCCAAGCACGACCUGGAGACGGCCAUGCACGCCAAGGAGAAGGAGGGCCUGCGGCAGAAGCUGCAGGAGGCACGAGAGGAGCUGGCUGGGCUGCGGCAGCACUGGCAUGCCCAGCUUGAGGCGCAGGCUGCCCAGCAUCGGCUGGAGCUGCAGGAGGCUCAAGAUGGGCGCCGCGAUGCCGAGCUUCGUGCGCAGGAGCUGGAGGGGCUGGAUGUGGAGUACCGUGGCCAGGCACAGGCCAUCGAGUUCCUCAAGGAGCAGAUUGCACUGGCUGAGCGGAAGAUGCUGGACUAUGAGCGGCUGCAGCGGGCAGAGGCCCAGAGCAAGCAGGAGGCCGAGCGGUUGCGAGAGAAGCUCCUAGUCGCUGAGAAUAGACUUCAGGCUGCCGAGGCCCAGUGCUCGGCACAGCACAGCCACGUGAUUGACUCAGAUGACCUCUCGGAGGAGAAGAUCAGGGUGAAGGAGACGGUGGAGGGCCUGCAGGACAAGCUGAACAAGAGGGACAAAGAGGUGACAGCCUUGACGUCCCAGACCGAGGCGCUCAGGGCCCAAGUAAGUGCGCUGGAGAGCAAGUGCAAGUCGGGGGAGAAGAAGGCGGAUGCCCUGCUGAAGGAGAAGCGGCGCCUGGAGGCCGAGCUGGAGGCUGUGUCCCGCAAGACGCAUGAUGCCUCGGGACAGCUGCUGCUCAUCAGCCAGGAGCUGCUGCGCAAGGAGCGGAGCCUGAACGAGUUGCGUGUGCUGCUGCUGGAAGCCAACCGACACUCGCAGGGGUCUGAGCGCGACCUGAGCCGUGAAGUGCACAAGGCUGAGUGGCGGCUCAAGGAGCAGAAACUCAAGGAUGAUAUACGGGGCCUGCGUGAGAAGCUGAUGGGGCUGGACAAAGACAAAGACAAGGACAAGGGCCUGGAGCAGCGGCGCCACUCACUCUUUGACCCUGCGGCAGCGGCUCCGCAGGAGAUGCUGCGGCUGCAGCGCCAGCUGGCGGGCACUGAGGACGCGCUGCGGGCGGCGCUGGAGCAGGCGCAGCGCGUGGAGGCGCUGGUGGAGGCGCUGCGGAGCGGCGGGGCACAGACCGUGGGCAGCUCCGCCUCCCCCAACGGCAUCCACCAGCAGGACAAGGCUCAUAAGCAAGAGGACAAGCACUGAUCCCAGGGACACUGUGGAGCUGCCCUUCACACCAGAGCCCUGCCAGGCUGCGUGGCCGCGCCCCUUCCAGGCAGGGGCCGGAACUGUCACUUUGGAGACUGCUACAGUAACGGAACUGACCACCGCGGACAAUCCCCCUUCCGGAGCCCUGCUGAGGCGUCCUCUACACAGCCUUCCUCCGCGUGGGGGGUGGUGCAGUGGCCUGGCCGGGGACGCGCUUAUCCGGGACCACUCUGGGGUCUGCACCUGCUGCUGGCGGAGACUGGAACCAGCCGUGCCCAUGAUUGGCCAGGUGCCCUGAACCCUUCCUGUCCUCCCUUUCCAGGUCCCCUGUAGACCCCGGGGGGACCAGAGCAGAGCCCAGGGUCCCCUGCAGGCCACGGUGGGCCCCAGGCUGCUGUCCUGCUUGCUGAACCUCUAUGCAGCAGUACGAGCUCCCCUCCGCCUGCGGCCGGGAGACGACCAGGCUCUAAGGUGUGAGGGGACCGUGACCUCUGUGGCCCACCAUGACCCCCUUACACUGCUGCCAUCGCUGGCCUGAGGGUGACAGGCAGGGUCGGAGCCCCAGGGUUGGCACUGCGGCCGGGACUGUGUCCCCAGGGCCAAGACUCAGGCUCAGGCCUUCCUGCUCCGGUCCCCAGCGUUCUUGCAGACUUGGAAUGCGCCACGUGUUUGCCGAUUAUGGCGAUUCCGGGGACGCUGACACACCCGCAGAGCUUGUACUGUGUCCUCAGCAGGGGAGCCCUGUAGGUGGCAGGGUUGAGCAGGCCGCACCCUGUGUCCCGGGCACCCUGCCCCUGGGUCCGAGUGGUGCAGGACUUGAUGUCCAUCCUCUGUGACUUGGAGGGGGCUCCUGGAAUGCAGGGGACAGGUGUGCCCGGGCCACUGCUGUGAGUGCCACCAGGGGACUGGUGGUGUGGCCCCAUUUUGUCAAUCUGCCUCCCCGAGCCUGCAGCUAGCAGCUCUCGCAUGUGGGUCUAUUAACAGCAUCCUAGAAAUGUUGCUUUAGUGGCCUAAUCUAGUCAGUGCUGCCCCUUCUGGGGCACUGAGGACAGCUCAUAGCCCAAGGCCCCACAGCGGGGACCCCUCAUAGGCGCCAGGGACACAUGAAGCCAUUUCCCCAGCAGCAGCAUCUGCACCCCGCGUGCGCCUUCCCCAUCCCAACCCUUUCCCUCCCCCCAGUGGAAUUGUGGAAGUGUGGCGAGUCCGUGCUCGGGACAAUAAAGCUUGUGACUGAGGUGCAGGA